AUGUCUCACAAAUAUUUGGUAGUGAUGGGUUGUGAAGAUAAUGGUGGUAAUGGAAAAGCCAAUAAUUGUAAAUUCAACGAUGUUAAAUGGUCGUCGAUUUCAUCCUCUGUCGGUAUUGGUGAAGCUUCCGUUAAUUUAGGAGCAAUUUUCUCAAUGACCAGUGAUUAA